AUGGACGGGUACGACGCCGGCGGCCGGCUCACCGCGGCCUCCGCCUCUCCGCACGCCGAGGAGGCGAUCAACGCGGUCCGGGACGACGCCUGCGCCCGCCUCCACACCCCCUCCGACGAGGAGGAGGAUUGCGACGACCUCUACGGCGACGUCAACGUCGGCUUCCUCCCCCUCCUGCCGCUCUCCCCCUCCCCGGCUCCCACCUCGCCUCCCAAAACACCCUCCCCCGGCUGCUCAAUCCUGUCCCCGUCCCCGUCCCCGUCCCCGCCGCCGCCGCCGCACCGCGCCCCGGCUCCGGAGCCCCAGCCCCAGCCCCAGCGCGAGCACGAGGCGCGGCCGGAACCCGCCACCCCGCGACACCAGCCGCCGCGGCCUCCUCCUCCUCCUCCUGGGCCUCCGGGACACCACGUGCCGCCGCAGCCGCCGCGCGGUGGGGGCGCCUCGGCCUCCUACUCCUCGCCGCCCAGGUACACGGCGCUGUACAUCAGCGACCUCCACUGGUGGACCACGGACGCGGAGGUAGAGGCAGCGCUAGAGCUCGCGCCGCACGGCGCCGCCGCCGCGCUCUGCGGCCUCCACUUCUACUCCGAAAAGUUCACCGGCAAGUCGCGCGGCAUCUGCCGCGCCGAAUUCCUCAACGCCGCCGCGGCCGCGUCGGCCGCCGCCACUCUCCAGGGCCGCGCCUUCCACGGGCGCCACUGCGUCGCCUCGCCCGCCCGGCCGGCUGCGCUCCACCGCCUGGGCGACCACUCCGAUUCCUGCGCCGAGGCGGCUCCUGCCCCGAACCCUACCCGUGGCCUCGGCGGCCGCGGCGCGAGCCACGCGACGACAGGACGAGGCAAUGUGGGUCCUGUGUUGGGUGAUCGCCCGACUAUGGCGCUGCUUCCACUGUCCGUGUUUCCCCGGCCGUCUCCUGGGUCGCCGUUUGGUGGCAUUAUGAGAGGUGUUGGUGGAUACGGUGGAUUUCAGUCAAUAGGGCAGUACAAUAUGGGGAUGGGUUGUCGCAUGAUGCCGUCGCCGAUGCCGCCCCACGUGAACCCAUCGUUCUUGGCUGCCGGUGGGAUGGCCAUGCGUGGCCCGGGAGUGUGGCAUGAUCAGGGGAUGGCUGGGGGCUUAUGGGGUGCUCAGCAAGAGUGGAAUUUCAGAGGUUGUCAGAUGCCAUGGCGGCAGCUAGCGCCACCAGCGCAGCACCACCAGGUGCAGCAGCACUACGGGAAUGGGGACUAUGGGAAGGGGCGUGGCAUGAGGCGUGAAAGACCAGGUAGUAGGGGUGAGGAUAGGGGCAUUGGCACUGUGAGCUAUCCGGAUAGAAGGCAAUCUGACCGUGAUGGGGUUGAUUGGUACAAAGAGCAUGACCGUGAGGAGAAGGGUCAGCAUCGGGAGCGUGUCCUGGAGAAGGAAAGGGAGCGGGAGAGGCACUGGAAUGAGAGGGAUCGGCAUGGGGGUGACAAGAGGAGGCGAGAUCGAGGACAGGCGAGGUCAAGGAGCCAAUCAAGGGAUGGUGGUGGUGAUGAUGAUGAUCGUCCAAGGAGGCGGCACUAAUUUUUUGUGCACCAGGAAGCAUCUUCUGGCUAAAAUGGUAAUUUCAAUCCAAGAAACAAAUUCUUUUAUAACUUUUUUUGUUUUCCCCAUAACUAUAACUAGCAUGAGUGGUGUGUCCUUCUGAAGUCAUAACUAUAACUAGCAUGGUUGGUACAAAUUCUGGGUUCAUUUUUGGAGCAACCAUCCAUAGUGUUCUGAUUCUGAGUUGCAUCUUCACACAUGUUGUCUUGGUAGACUUAUAUACCCAUAGUUCUAUCAUGCAACCAGAAGAUCU